CCAGCAUGUCUGAAAUCGGGGACAUCAGCAGGGACGGACAGACGGACGUGGCCAUCGGGACCCCCCUGGAGAACAACAAUCACGGGGCCUUGUACAUCUUCCAUGGGGAAAAGGGAGGCCUCAGUCCCCAGUACAGACAGCGCAUCGAGGGGUCUCUGUUCCCCAGCAGGCUGCAUUACUUUGGCCAGGCCGUCAGUGGGGGGACAGACUUAACGGGGGACGGACUGCCAGAUAUCACGGUGGGGGCACAAGGGCAGGUCCUGCUGCUGAGGUCCCGGCCGGUGCUCAGAGUCGGGGUCUCCAUCAGCUUCCAGCCCCCCCACGAUCCCCACCUCGGCCUUCGACUGCCAGGGGCAGGAGCAGCUCAACACGGAGGCCAGCAGGGCAGAGGUCUGCUUCACCGUCACUAAGAGCACCAUGGACAGCCUAGGCGACAGGAUCUCGAGCACCAUCCAGUACAGCCUGGCUCUGGACCCUGGGCGGACGAAGAUCCGAGCCGCCUUCGACUCCACCGGCCCCGUCCUGAGCAGGGAGCUGCGGUUCGACAUUGAGAAGAAAUGUGAGAAGCAUCAGAUAAAGUUACCUCUCUGUCCAGAGGACACAGUGACCCCCAUCACCCUGCGUCUCAACUACACCCUGACGGGGGAGCCCAUCGCUGCUGCUGGUGACCUCAGAUCCAUCCUGAGCGAGGACUCUGUGCCAGUGUCUGCAGGCUCGGUAAGGUGCCAGAUCCAGGCCCCCAUGGUGGGUCUGCUGCAGGGAUCGAACCAGUGA